AUGUUAAGUAAUGAGGCGCAAAGAUUAAUUAUAAAUGAUGUCAAAGAGGCACCUUUUUAUUCAGUUAUGGCUGAUACUACACCAGACAUUUCCCACAAAGAUUGUUUGGCAAUUUGUGUACGAUAUGUUGAUAGCAAAGGACAAGCAGUUGAAAGACUAUUAGAAGUUGCAGAAGGAAAAAACAAGACAGGUCUAGGAACUGCGACAGAAACUAUUGAUAUUUUGACAAAGAACUCUCUGUGUACAGAUAAUUUAGCUUUUCAAUCCUAUGACCUUGCCAACAAUAUGUCUGGCUCAUUAAAUGGAACUCAAGCUAAAGUUUCAGAAUUAGUUGGACAUAAUGUCCUUUACAUUUCAUGCCAAGCACACAGAAUAAACACUUUUAUAGAGCACGGAUGUAAUUCUAGUUUGAUAAUUUCAAAUAUGAUUGACAAGUUAGAAAAUUUCUACGUUUUCUUUUCAGCUAGUAAUAAACGAUACAGCAUUUUGUGUAAAGAAAUGAGCGACUUGGAUAAUGUAUUACAGCUGAGAAACCUGUCUGAAACUAGAUGGACAGCUAGGGCAGAGUCUAUAGAAGCCGUUUGGUGUUCAUUUGAAGCGAUUUGUGAUAAUUUGCAUUAUAUUAGUUCACAUCAAGAUUCUUAUGAUAGAUUGACAACACCAAAGCUCACGGUUUUAACAAAAAGCUACACUCCUUUGAUUUUAUAG